UAACGUUGGCUUCAUUGUACAAUCAUAAAUUUAUCCGGAGGUUGCUAUAACACAUAUAAGCAUAUAGUUAUUAUUUUCCAACAUGUUUUCUUAGUCUGGAGUGUUGGUACAACUAAGACCGAACCAGUCGAUAAGAGAAAAAAAAGACAGGACAAACCGAGUUUAGUAGUAUCAAGAUACAAGUAAGUUUUUUGUUUGUUAAAAAAAACUCACACAAAAACAACAAAAAGAAAGAAAGAAAAGAAAAGAAAGAAAAAAAAUUUAAAAAGAGGAAGAAAAACCCUACAGAGAACUAAAUCGCGGUGCUAUUUCGGGAGAGUUUUUAUAAUUUAAUUUUAAUUUUUUUUUGUUUCCAGUCGAUUAUUGGAUGACUGGUUGAACCUAUUUGAUUCACUGGACCUGUUAUUUAAGCAAAUCAGAAGUUAAUUUCGCCACGCGUAUUUUCCCUGAUUCGUCUUCUACUGUUCUGAUCCCAAACCCAAACGUUUUCAUUAAAUUUGCAAACAGUCUUCCUUAAAUCAAAGAAUCCAAUAACGCGACGCAAAUUGACUUCUAAUGGCAGACGGUGUCAUUUCGCUGGCCGAUUCCUGAUGGCUAGAUGAACGCUUUCUGGCGUGUUUAUUAAACCUUUUAAUUCUUGAAAUGGAAAGAAUGUUGAGGAACAAUGUUCGUUGGAUCUUGGCAUUAUAAUAUGAGUUAUUUCAACCAGCGUGCAAACGCGAGCCCCUUUUCGUCAUCGGAAGUCAGCUACGUGAACACCACAGAUUGCAGCUGCAGUCUUUAUUCAGGGCAAGGUUCCGCAAAACCUUUUCCGACAGCAUCGGCGAUGAUACCGACAUCAAACGACGUCUCUUUUGUUCACAACGACACCGCCGGAUACGUCGGGCACACCGGACACGCCGGUCACGGCCAACUGAAUGAACAGCUGCACGGAAACGACCGAGUGUUCAGCAGCAACAACAGUCACAACGGCUACAACGUCCAUACGGAUGACAGCUACUACUACGCGGCGUAUGGCAACGGCGUCGACGACCAUUCAAGACAACUGUCGCCGGGUCCCGCGCCGCCUUACUGCUACAGGUACGACGAAAAUGGCGAUUUGAAACCACGCAAACGACGGCUGCCGAGCGUCUCGCAGCGUCGGGCCGCCAACGUCAGGGAACGUCGUCGGAUGCUAAAUUUGAACCAAGCCUUUGAUGCCCUGCGUCGACGCAUCCCGACUUUCGCGUACGAAAAGCGACUGUCUAGAAUCGAGACUCUACGUCUUGCCAUUGAAUACAUCACGUUCAUGACUGAAAUAAUCAAAGGCAAAGAUCCUUGUGACGUCGCGCUUAAAAUGUAUUCGUCCAUGGAACUCGAUACCAGCAUCCCGAGUCUAAGUGAUCGACUUUGCAAUUUCCACUGCAGUGCGCUAAUGGAAGGGCAGGAGCGCUGCGCAGUGACAACCGGAAGUGGUCGUUCGAGCGAAAACGAAAAGUACAGUCCGGUUAGUGAUAAUGAAGUUGAUUACGACAAGUGAUAAACCGACCGUCUUUAAUAACUUUUUAAAAAAGUUGUUGUAAUGUUUUUGCUGUUGUUGUUAACAACCAAGGGUUUGACAAUAUUUUUCGAAGCUAUGUUAUUAAAAUGUGUGCUAACAUCA